AAGUCGAACAACAAAGGGGGCUGCAGUAUUAAGAGAAGCUGCAACUAACUGGUGCUGUAGACGAGAUCUUCUGCAGAGCAUCAACGUACUAAAUGGCAGAUCGUCUCCAGCUGCUGCGAAAAAAGCACCCCACUUUGGGGUCGCCUGAUGUGAAAUCUUCCAAAAAGCCAAAGACAGAAGGACAAGUGGUGGAGCAAGAAGGUGGCGUAACGCAAGGACAACAACCACCUCCUGAUCAAGCACCACCCGAACGACCGCAAAGCAACCUGUUCGGAGCUGGCUUCGGGAGCCAUCCCGAUGCAGCUUCUGGGGCGACAUCCUCUUCCUCGUCAAGCUCAAAUGUUCUCGCAGCAGCAGGUCCUUCUGCCACCGUGUCUUCCUCUUCGUCCUCGAAUCGCGGCCCAGGGAGCAGGGGACUACAGCCUAAUGCUCCACAUUCCGCUGGAGAUCAUCGAGGCGAUCCUGGUACAACUCGCGGUCGACCGCGUUCUGCUUCCGCAAGGAAUCGAGAUCCAGCCGCUCGAGCCGCCGCCACUUCAGCUCGACCAGGGAACCAAAGCGCAAGACCAGCACGGGAGCCGACGCCGACCGGGCCUAGGACUGCUCUAGUUGUUCCGGAUAUCCUCGCCGACCGCGCGAAGCCGGUGCGGACGGAGCUGGCUACUAAAUUACCCCCGCGGAAGGAUCAAGUGGUGGUUUCCGCGCCGCAAAAAGUGAAGUUCACGGUGGAUUCACGCAUCGACACCGGGCUGCGCGGGGACUGGAAGAGCAAAUUGGAUGAAAGCCGGGCGCGGUCCAGGGACCGCUCUAGGAUCAUCGAAGAGCACAUCCAGGGGCAGAAAUUCGUCCCAGUGCGAGCACCUAGUCGGGAGAGGGACGAGAGCCAGUUUUGGAGAAGCCGGAACCACAGGGGGGAUGCAAGUCACUUGGAAAGCAGUAGACCUGGCGGUGACAAUUCCUCACACAACGAGGAGGUUUUUGUCUCCCCGCAGCAGUCCCCGGAGCAGAACCAACAGGGAGAAAUAGGUGAACGCGAAGACCAAGCAGCGCAACAAGCGGAAGAGCGCAGCGUAAAUCUCGGCUCUUUUUUUGCACGCCAGAACAAUCCGGCGGAUGAUGAUGACGUUAAGAUGGGCGACAGCCACGAUUUCGUCGAGGCGAAUGCGAAUGUAUCAUCUCUGGCAGCAGCAGCAUCGGGAGAUGAACCAGCUGCCGGACCGGGUGCGGCGAAUGAUCAACAUGUUGAGCAACAUCAUUCCGAAGGCCGUUCCGUUGCACCGCCACCGUCAACAGGUGCACAAGCCACCUCAUCCUCGUCCGCGGGACAACAUCAAACCGUCGACACCGACGACCUGAAUCCGUUCUACGUGAUGCCAACGGAUCCUCUUGCCGCCAUCGCGGAUAGCGCGGCGGAAAUGCGGCACCUGCUCUGUGGCCGGCCGGCGAGCGGCGGCAGCUUUUCCGCGGUUUUACGGGAACGGGACGAAAAAUUACGGGAACAAGAACUACAAAAGCAAAAAAUUAAAAGUCGCCCGUCGACCGCGGGAGCGGCUAUUGCUGGUCUUGAAAGUAUAGAUGAAAACAAAAAGGGUAACAUCAAGAUCAAGAAGCAGAAUAUCAGUGUGGACGAGAAACAAGAGGAACAACUUCUCGCGAACAAGAUGAAAACGCCUUUAGCGCACGCGAUUCCCUCCCCCGGCACGACUCGGGUGAAAAUCGGGAACGAGGUUGCUGUAAAUGCUACCGCCAGUGCUUUCGAAAGCCGCAUGAUGAAGAUGACGAUGACCCAACUGCAGGAUCAGCCGAACCCGAUGGAAUCCAGCGUCAGCUACAACUUUCGCGGAAAUAAAAUGAACAACGAUUUUUCCCCGCUGGCGUCACUGGCAAACAAAGGAAGCGAAGUUUUGCAGCUAGACGAACUUCGACCGGCUCCCGCAGGAGCUCCCGCAGCUACGAGAGGUCGGGUGGGCGCCCGGCAAGGUGGGGCUCUUCUUGGUGCAGCUCCAGCAGGAGCUUCCUCUACCGCCCAACUACAGCAGGAUGCGUGGGUCGGCCGGACCCUGGAUCUCCAACCCCAACGAGCCUCCUCGCCGUUGCUCGAACAGGGCGGACACGAUCUCUCCUCCCCAAAGGGCCGUGAGAACGCGCUCCGGGCUUUGGUGGCCGCGUCGCCAACGAGAGGGUUAGCCGGUUCGCCGAAAAUUGGAGGCGGAAAGAACACGCGGGAUCGUACGGCCUUGUCGCCCAAACGAAGCCCGCCAGAGCAGGGGAAUAUUAAAGUCAGCCACCGUGGUGGUAAUCAUGGCGGUGGUCUCUUCUCUCCGAAACGAAGCCCACCUGAGCAGGGGAGAAAUGUUCGCCACGAUCCGUUUUCUCCGAAACGCAGCCCAAAGGAGAAAGAUUUGGAGAGAAAAAUGCUGUCGCCGAAGCGCAGCCCCGUCGAGUCGAGACGCGUGAAGGACCAGAUCAAGCACGAAAUGCAGCAAGUUUUGAAGCAAGAAGACGAUGUUGCUAUGGUGCCUAAUAUUGGAGGUAGUAAUAAAGCAACUACGUCGACGAAGCACCAUCAGCAUCCUUGGUCGCCGAAGCAAGCCCGGUCACCGAAAGACAAAGAUCCAGUUGUCCAAGCAGAAAGUAGCAAAGUAUCGCCGAAAUCGAAGCGACACAAGCCCUCCGUGAAAGAAAAGUUCCUUGAAAAAAUGACCAUCGGGGGGCCGCGAGGCGGGAGUAAAGACGGGAACGAGCAGUCUUCGCAGCAGCAGCUUCCGGCCGCCGGCAAAGCGAGUAAGGCGAUCAAUGUCAAUGCGGUAGACCACCGACUACAUCAUGCCGACCAAGCACAGCAGCUCGAUCAUCUUCGUGAAAGCAGCGAUAAAACUACUACAAACACCGAUCUUCAGCAUCAUCAGCAAGUUCUCCUGAAACCGAUGAAGCUUUCGCAUUCGCCGUUGGCCUCUCGGCGGACACGUCCGCAGACCGGCGGUGGCUCGCCCGGCGGAGCAGCAGGCGGAUCAUCGUCUCCAGUUGCAGCUUCGCAGUUUGAAGACGCUCCGGUUGUCUCACCACGAGAUACGAGUCGGAAUCUGCUUUCGAAAGCUGCAGCUGCACAAGGCCAGCAUCAAAAUUACAACCAGCAGGCGCGGCAAGGUCAAUCACAUCUUCCGCUGUCCCCAUCGCAGCAGCGUAAUCAUCAACUACAUGAUCCUGCGGGACAACAGCAGCAAAUACAAAAAGGCAGUCAUUUCAUGCAGCAGAAAAAUCAGUUUCCGAGCACACAGGACGCUGCCGAGGACCAGUACAGCAAGAAGAGGCUAGAUGAGCAGACCUCCUCCUUCAUUCUGCCGAAGCUGGUAGGGGCCACGGCGAAAGGACGAGACGGAGAUGAUAGCAAGCAAGGUGGUAGUAUCCCCUCCCAGAAGAUGAAUCCGAAGCAGGAUCUUCUUUUCUACAACGAAAUGCCCACAACUUGCGCAGGAGCCCCCACGGCAUCUUCCUCUUCAUCCUCCGCUGCAAACAACAGUCGCAACAGACUGCCUCAAGCUGGAAAUCCAAAUCUGAAUGAGCCGCGGCUUUCCUUUGGAAAUGCGACGAAUAUUUUACUCGACCACGAAGACAUGAUGAAAGACACGUCAGAAAGCUUCCUCGAAGAGAUGGUAGAAAAACAGAAACUGCGGACCCCGGUAGGCAGUCGGAGGACCAGCGACAAGCACAACCUGAACCAGAAUGAUAGGCGACCUGGUCUUGCUGGAGGAAGACUUGGAGCUGGUGUUGAGCCCGGUAUGGGUGGGAAGAUGAGCAAUCCAGCAGAGCCUCAAGGUCGACCGUCCAUUUGUUUAAAGGACGAGUGGAGUACGGGUUAUAACCCGUAUGAUAACAGCGACCGGGUGUACAGGUAUCCAGCUGCACAUAGGUCUGGAGCAAACCCGGAUCAUGUUGAUCCGAACCAUUCCGGAAUCGAGAUUUUGCAACCGAAGGUACUGGAGACCACGCUGUCUUCUUCGUCCAGUAGCUCGAACGCCGCGAACGUCGCAGACGACAACACUGCCGGAACAAGUUCCGGCUUCGGCCAUCAACAACUCGGGCCACGCCAAGACGAUCGGUAUGACGCAGAGAUCUUGCCGGAUGCGGACGCAGAACAACACGAUGGUGCAACACCAUCCCGACGAGAUUACCGCGCAUUUCCAAAAGUUCCACUUCUCACGGACGACCUUCCGGAUAAAGGAGCGAGUUUGGGAUUUUUCACGAACGGGACUAAAAAUGUGGACCCGAUGGACGUUGAUGAAGAAGAGGACGAUGAUUUUGUCCCGCCGAGUAACUGCGCCGUCGCAUCUUCCCCGGUAGACGAUGUGAGUAUGAUGGGUGCUGGUCAUUUUUUUGUCGGAGAAGCACCAGCAGCACAAGCGGCACUUCCACCUGCUGCAGGAGUGUUUCCACCAGCUGCCGCAUCAAAUAAUGAUCUUCAACCGAACAGCAAAAACCACGAUCAAAGUCAGUUUUUCGACACUUUAGAGGUGAACAUGAAUACCUUCAACGAGGAAGCAGCCGCCGCAGAAGUAGACGCCGAACAUUUUCUGGCGAAAACCGCGGACAAUUUCACCGUGCCCGUCCGCGAAACACCCUCCUACCAGUGCCCGCAAUGCGAGCGGUGGUUCGUCAAGGCCGCCGCGGACCGACACAUACCGAAGUGCAAGGGCUGGAACAAACGGAGCACGGCAAAGCCGAAAGUACAGAUGAAGGCCGCGAGGUUUGGCAGGCGGGUACCGGAAUCGCAGGACCCCGAGCAACAUCUUGUUAUGGGGGGAGCGGCCGGUGCGGGGGUGGACAGUGGGGUUGGUUUCGAUGCCGACGGAGGUGCUGGUUUAGCUACGACGAACAAUCAGGGCAGUAAGAGCAGUAGUGUAGCUGUUGGCGCAGCAGGUGGUCUCCCAACAUCUUCGCCAAAGAACAAUCGAGCAGUGGUGCCUCCAACUGCAGGAGGAGGACCUUCUGGCACAACCAACUACGGUGCGGCCCACCAGCAACAACCACAGCAACCACAAUCGACCGAAACCCUGUUCGAAACGCAGAAGGUCCAGGUGGAGAUGUUGCUCAAAGACCAGAAGAAGUACGCCUCUUUCUGGACGUAUCCACAGUAAAUUUCCCGUACACGUACAAAUGCGGUCUCCGCAUGACAAAACUUGGCUUCGAUCCUAGUUUAGCAUGACAAGUUUUACGCUCCAAAUUGGUGAAAUUUGUGAUGCAUCUUGUACAUGUGCGGGAAAUUUGUAUUGCAUAGGACGAAGCCGGAGCUGAAGACCGAAAUUUUGCAAAAAACCCACGCCGGGCUGAAGUGGGUCUCGCAGUACAGCCAACUGAGUGAGAAGACAAAAAUCAACCGGACCCAACUCGCCAGGGUGGUGCUAUCGGCGGGGGCGGGGAAUCGGAACAGCAAGACGAACAACGAGACCAUUAGCAACAUCAAGGCACUGAUCGAGUUUCAGCUGGAACAACUGGAAAAGGAAAAGAAAAUACAAGCAGCGAGCGAUAUCGAUUUAGAAUCUAAGAGGUCGAUGGUGCAGUUGGCGGAUUACUCGAAGAAAUUGACCGAAUUUUUGCGGAUAAAACUCAUCGACGACACGGAUGUGACGCUUUUGCGGGACUCGCUGUCAUUGAUAAAAGCCUUUUUUCGGAAUUUGGAGGAGCAGAAGCGGUGAAGAUAUGAGGAACAGAGUAGAAUUACACGACAUACUAGAUGAUCUCCCAUUUGGCUGACAUCAUGUAAGAACACGCACGUGGACGUGCUCUCGUUUUUUUUACCACGCAGCCUGACAGUACGCUGCAGAGCAAAUAAGUUUUUGAUUCUUAUUGACAGAUUCGUUCGUUAAACAUGUAUCUUCAUCUUGUGCUUGUGCCACUAGCUAAACUUGUACAUUAUCUGAAUCGAGGACGACAGGACGAGACAUGCUGUGUUGACAUUUUGAGCAAACAAGCCUUGCAUCAUUCUGACUUG